UCUUGGCGCCUUGGUCGUGUCGGUGCAGACGGCGACUAACACGCGGUGCUCGGCUCCCUUCGCUUGUCCUGAGACUCCAGAGAAGAUGCCAAAGGCCAAGUCCGCGGCGAGUGGCCGCCGGCGCGAGCGGCUGGAGCAGCGCCGGGAGCUGAAGCGGGCCGGAGGACUCAUGUUCAACACAGGGAUUGGACAGCACAUUUUGAAAAAUCCUCUAAUUGUCAACAGCAUUAUCGAUAAGGCAGCGUUAAGACCUACUGAUGUCGUGCUAGAAGUUGGGCCUGGGACUGGAAACAUGACCGUCAAGCUGUUAGAAAAGGCCAAAAAGGUAGUUGCCUGUGAACUUGAUCCAAGGCUAGUAGCUGAACUUCACAAAAGAGUUCAGGGCACGCCUCUGGCCAGCAAACUCCAGGUCCUGGUGGGAGACGUAUUGAAAUCGGAUUUGCCGUUCUUUGAUGCUUGUGUGGCAAACUUGCCUUAUCAGAUCUCCUCUCCUUUUGUCUUCAAGUUGCUGCUUCACCGACCAUUUUUCAGAUGUGCUAUACUUAUGUUUCAAAGAGAAUUUGCUCUUCGUUUGGUUGCAAAACCUGGGGAUAAAUUAUACUGCAGACUCUCCAUUAAUACACAGCUUUUAGCACGUGUGGACCAUCUAAUGAAGGUGGGGAAGAAUAACUUCAGACCGCCCCCAAAGGUAGAGUCCAGCGUUGUAAGGAUAGAACCUAAGAAUCCGCCACCACCUAUCAAUUUUCAGGAAUGGGAUGGCCUAGUAAGGAUCACUUUUGUUCGGAAAAACAAGACACUGUCUGCUGCAUUCAAAUCAAGUGCAGUACAACAGCUGUUGGAAAGAAACUACAGAAUUCAUUGUUCAGUACAUAAUACUGUAAUACCAGAAGAUUUCAGUAUAGCAGAUAAAAUACAGCAAAUCCUAACCAGCACAGGUUUUAGUGACAAACGGGCCCGUUCCAUGGACAUAGAUGACUUUAUCAGGUUGCUACAUGGAUUCAAUGCAGAAGGCAUCCACUUUUCCUAGCCAUUUGAAAACAGGUUUUUCCCAAGACCAAGAAAAAAUGAAAUUAUAAAUCCCUAUUAUUAUUAUCCAUGGUCAAAGUGGUUAAUUCUACAUAUUUUUGUUUUUGUUUUAAAUAUACUACAAAGGGAGGGUUCAAUAACCAUUUUCAAGUUUAAAAGCCGCAGAUACGCACAACCAUGCACUUAAACUUUCUAACAGCUUACUGUAUAAAGAUGUUACUGUGUUAUGGACGAUGAGGCCUGCUUUAGGCCUGCAGCUCGGUCACCUACUCACAAAUUCUCAUUCACAUGUACAGUGCCUUACUUCACACGACUUUCCUUUAAACACCCUCUUCAUCCUAGACAGUCUCCAUGUGUUAAUGCCAUCUUUGUUAGAUGACCUGUUACAACACAGACAACUGUACAGUUCUGGAUAAGCCAGAGUCUGCUGCAGUCAUAUAGUGCAGGCAUGUCCUGUAUGACUCUCCCUGUGAAAUGCAGACGCUUAGAAAGAAGCUAAUUAUAAAAUCAUGUUAAGUCUGUUUUCUUGGGGGAGACAAGAUUUCAGAUUUAGAAAAAUCCCACUGAGUUUAUAAGUCAAAUGGGCUUUAUUAAAUUGAUUUUUUCUUUCA